AUGAUAUCAAGAAGAGACACAGUUACGUUUCAAAGAUCAAGAGCCCCAUCUCCAUGUUCACUUUAUGAUAUCAAAGAGAAGGAAGAAUCUACAACGGUUGUUACAGAAAUCAAAGAGAUGGAAAAACCGGCAGUACACCUAUAUAAUAUUUUCUCCAUACCAAUGAAACGAAUACCAGAGACAGAGGAUAGCCCUUCAAACAAGUAA